UAGCAAUAUGUAAUCUAUCAUAUGAGACACUCAAACCUCAAAAGCAUCAUCUACUCACGGGUUCUAUCUCCUAAGAGCCCAACUAUAGCCAAUGGCAAUAGAUCCAAUCUCCACCCAAGAUGGUGAGUUGACACAACCACUGGUGGUGCCACCCCCGGGUGAACCGGUGAGCUCGGACCUGGAGAAGGUACUAUCUGACACGAGCUUAACAUCGUUUGGGCGACUCAAGAAAGCUAUCCCCAUGGAACUGUAUAGUUUGUUCCGCCUAGCGGCUCCAGUGAUCAUAGUGUACGUGUUGAACAACGUGACAUCUAUGUCGACCCAAAUAUUCUGCGGCCACCUCGGUAAUCUUGAACUGGCCGCAGCGUCCCUCGGCAACAAUGGUGUCCAACUCUUCGCCUUUGGUGUUAUGCUUGGGAUGGGAAGUGCAGUGGAGACACUAUGUGGGCAAGCAUAUGGAGCCCAUCAAUAUGAAAUGCUUGGUGUUUAUCUCCAAAGAUCAACCAUCCUUUUAAUGGCUACCGCCAUCCCUCUUAUGUUCCUCUACAUUUUCUCAAAAACACUUUUGAUUUUGAUCGGCCAAUCUCAAGAGAUCGCGGUGGCUGCUUCUCUCUUCAUCUACGGCCUCAUCCCACAAAUCUUCGCCUACGCGGCCAACUUCCCAAUACAAAAGUUCCUUCAAGCUCAAAGCGUUGUGAACCCGAGCGCCUACAUUGCUACCGUGAUGCUAGUGGUCCAUGUUGUGUUAACAUGGCUCGCGUUGUACGUAUGGGGAUGGGGCUUAUUGGGUGGCUCACUUGUGUUGAGUUUUUCAUGGUGGGUAAUUGUGGGAGCACAGUUUUUGUAUAUUGUGAAGAGUGACCGGUUUAAGGAGACAUGGACCGGGUUCAGCAUUCAGGCGUUUUCGGGGCUUUGGGAUUUCUUUAAGUUAUCGAUUUCAUCUGCUGUUAUGUUGUGUUUGGAGGUGUGGUACUUUCAAGUAUUGAUCUUGAUCACAGGUCUACUCAAGAAUCCUGAAAUAGCAUUGGAUUCAAUGGCUGUGUGCUCUACGAUACUUGGAUGGGUUAUGAUGAUUUCAAUGGGGUUUAAUGCUGCCGUGAGAAAAUUAUAUUUAACGUACAGUGUGAGAGUUAGUAACGAGCUAGGUGCUGGACAUCCAAAAUCAGCCGCAUUUGCUGUAGCAGUUGUGACUCUCAGCUCGUUCGUGAUUUGUUUGAUAUGUGUUGUUAUUAUUUUAGCUCUACGGCACGUCAUAAGUUAUGCUUUUACCGACGGUGAGACUGUCGCAAAUGCAGUUUCAGAACUUACACCUCUGCUUGCAAUUUCCAUCCUCCUUAAUGGCAUCCAACCUGUCCUUUCAGGCGUUGCUGUUGGAUGUGGAUGGCAAGCAUUUGUUGCUUAUGUGAACAUUGGAUGUUAUUAUGUGGUUGGGGUGCCACUUGGUUCUUUGUUGGCCUUCAAGUUUGACCUUGGUGCUAAGGGAAUAUGGUCGGGAAUGAUUGGGGGUGUGACAAUGCAAACGCUUAUUUUACUAUGGGUUACUUUCCGAACCGAUUGGAAUGUCGAGGUGGAGAAAGCAAGGAAUCGAGUGAAUAAAUGGAAACACAAGAAAGAUGAACAUUUUAUAAACUAGCUGAACUACAUUGGAUUGUGUUGGAAAUUUUAGUGAAAAUGAGUUUUCACUAAAUAUUUUAGACAUCAAUAAUUAUAUUUAUAUAUGUGUUGUAUAAAUAAUAAUGGAGCUAAGAUGAUUAGAAUAUCGAUGCUCUAAGUUGAGUGAUUGAAAUGAGUAUUUCUAAACUUUGGUGACUCUAGUAUAAAUUCAUAUUUGUCA